CUUUCACAGGCUCCUGCAGCUGGGCACCUGCCAACAGUGCAAAUAACUGACCAGCUUGUUGGAAGAUGACAUUUAUUCCUGCUUGAAGCUGGUGUUCUGAAAACAAACAGUAGAAGAAUGAGGAAGAAUUCAAGCCUCUGCUGCCUUUUAGCACUAGCUAUUUUAUGUUUAAGAAGCUUAAUAUAUAGCCAAGAGAUCGGUUCUUCGGGGCACCCCAAGAAUUUGAAAUGUGUAACGCACAAUUUACGUAAAAUGAUCUGCACUUGGGAUGGCUCUUCUAAAGGAAGACAUGGACAAACUGACUUUUGCUACACUACCAAGUGUGUUUUAAAACUAAGGAGAAAAGGGUUGAGAUUCCAGUGCCAGAGAGUUCCAGCAUGGUGACAAUAACCACAAACAGCAUCGGUGGAACUGCUUUUGCUACCAAAGAAUUUGAAAUUCACAAGAAAGACAUCUCAUUUGCUCCUCUCACUCCACACAUUCUUAGUUUAACACCGGAAUUUUCAACUUCCACAUUAAAUAUGAAGUGGAGUGAUAAUGGAUCAGUCUUCCCGUAUGGACUAGAUGCCUUUUGGCAGAUUCAGAUAUUCCGUAAAGAAGCAAUGGAAAAAGUCACAGAAGUAACGUACUAUUCAAAACUUACUCAUGAAGACAUCAUUCUUUCUUGGAACUGGACAUCAGAUAUGCCUUUGGAGUGUACCUCGCACUAUGUGAGGGUUCGCUGUUACAUCAAUGCCACACAGUUUGAUGGCCCCAAGGAUUGGAGUGACUGGAGCCCAGUAGAAGAGAUCCCUGGAAAAGAUACUGAGCCAAAUGGGAGCGGGGUGUUUCCUCAGGACAGUGUGGUGGCAGUAGGUUCAGAUGUUACAAUUUGUUGUGUCCAUGAAGAAGGACAGCAGAUACAACGGAUGACUUAUGGAUCAGAAGUGUACCCAAUGAUACGUCUGAGCAGUCGGAGCAGUGCAAUCAGAGUGACAAAUGCCAGUGCUUCGGAUGCCAGUGGGACAAAUGUGGUGUGCCUACUGUCUGAAUAUAAUAUGGAUGGAACUGUCUUGUUUGUAGGAUAUGCCCCUGAUACUCCCCAAAAUCUCACUUGUGAAACACCCAACUUCUUGAUAAUAACAUGCACCUGCAAACCAGGCAGACCCAGUGGACUAUACGGAAUACGAGGGACAAAGUACAGUUUAUUGGAAAGGAUAUCUGGUAAAAAUGUUUCAUGUGAAGUCAGUGAAAAGAAAAGAGAAGGUGUCUGUGAGUUUCCAGUACUGGCUGACCGAAAAACCUACGAUUUCGUAUUAGGUGUCUCCAAUCCUAUCGGGCAAGCAGAGUCAUCGCUUUUGGUUGACUUAACUCAAAGAGUUCAUCCAAACACUCCAGAAAAAUUAACUGUUUCCAGGAUCAGCUCUUCAAGUGUCCGUCUACAUUGGUUUCUAAAUGGCAGCUUUGCUGAGAUCAGGCUUCUGUGUCAAAUUGAAAUUAGCAGUGGUCGCUCUGAGCCAAAAAUACACAAUGUCUCCAUGCCUGGUGGAAAAUUCUCAAUUUACACAGCUCAGCUGAACACAUUGCUCCCAUAUACCAAAUACCAAUUUAGGGUGCGCUGCUCGGCUGCUGACGACUUCUGGAGGUGGAGUGACUGGAGCAGGAUAGAGGAGUGUACAACACUGGAGGCCCCUCCUGCAAGAGGGCCAGAUAUCUGGAGAGAGAGGAGUGCAUCUGGAAAAAGUCUAAAAAUCUUCUGGAAGCCUUUAUCCCUUUCUGAAGCCAAUGGAAAAAUAGUGUCUCAUGAAGUGUCCUGCUACCUGCUAGAGACCCCACUGGAGUACAAAGAAGUCACCGAACCCUCAAACAGUACUGAGAUAAAACUUGGAAAAAAUGACUGUGUAAUUAGUGUUGUAGCCAAAAACCAUGCAGGCUCAUCUCCUCCUUCAAGGAUAACAAGUGUAGAACUUCCAAGUGACAAUGUCAAAACAGAUCGAGCUGUGGCAAUGGGGAAUGGAAUUUACAUUUCUUGGAAUUCCUACCCUAACAUGACCUGUGGCUACAUAGUAAAAUGGUGUCAUUCAUCUGGGUCUGAACCCUGUAGUGUGGACUGGCAGAAAUUUCCUUCAAAUACAACAGAUGCAGUGAUAAAGUCUGCUCUGUUUAGACCUGGUGUGAGAUACAACUUUUCACUGUAUGGCUGCAAAACCAGUGGAUAUCAGUUACUGAAAAACAUAACUGGGUAUACGAAAGAGCUGCCUCCAAAACGUGCCCCAAAUUUUACUGUAGAAGAAACUUCUUCGGAUUCUAUAUUGGUAAAAUGGGAAGAAAUUCCUAUUGAAGAUUGUCAGGGUUUUUUAGAGGGAUAUCGACUUUCCUUUGCGAAAGGUGAAAAGGAUCCUUUAAAGCCUAGGCUUUCAGAAUCAGGGAAUCCAGAACUUAAAGUUAAGAAUAUCACUGACUUAACAAAGAAGUCUUUGAAAAUACUUGAUCUUCAAGGCAAAACAAGUUACCAGCUGGACCUACAAGCCUACACCGCUGGUGGGUUGAGCCCUCCAAACAGCCUCUAUGUGGUGACAAAGGAGGACUCUGUAGGGUUAAUCAUUGCAAUUCUCAUCCCCGUGGCAGUGGUUGUGCUGCUUGGAGUGGUGGCCAGCAUCUUCUGCUACCGAAAGAGGGAAUGGAUUAAAGAAACAUUUUAUCCAGAGAUCCCAAAUCCUGAGAACAGUAAGGCACUGCAGUUUCAGAAGAACAUCUGUGAGGGGAAUAAGACUCUUAAGACACUGGAAAUGAACCCCUGUACUCCAAAUAGUGUUGAAGUGGUGGAAACACAGUCUGCAGCUCCCAAGAUUGAAGACACAGAGAUGAUGUCCCCAGCAGCAGACACCACUGUGCCUGAAGAUGGCUCUGAUUCAGAAACAGAGAACCAUGUGGUUGUGUCCUACUGCCCCCCUAUCAUUGAAGAGGAGAUCUCACAUCCCCCUAUGGAUGAACCUGUGGGAUCAUCUCAGGUGGUUUACAUUGACAUCCAGUCAAUGUAUCAGCCUCAGAUUAAACCAGAGGAGGAGCCAGAAGUAGACUUGGUGACUACUGCUGGCUAUAAGCCACAAAUGCAGUUGCCUGUCAGUGCUCUGAAAAUGGAGAGUCACUCACCUGCAGAGGAAGAGUUGGAUAAGACUGCAGGUUACAGACCUCAAGCAAACACAAAUGCCUGGAACAUGGACACGCCAGACUCUCCUGGAUCAGUUGAAAGCAACAAUGAAAAUGCAUCUUUUGGGAGCCCGUGCUCCAUUAAUUCCCGACAGUUUCUGCUUCCCCUGAAAGAUGAUGAAGACUCUCCCAAACCUAGUAACAUAGGAUGGUCCCUUACACACUUUUUUCAGAACAAAGCAAAUGAUUAACAGUUGUCACUGAACCCAAACCUGCCUUCUAAAUAAGCUCUUAUACUUGAUGUUGUAAAGAAAGGCAGAAGAGAAGUGCAAAAGGCAUGAAUUAUACUUGGAGACAGUCAGCAGAGGUUCUAGUGAGCUGAAUGUUACCAUGUUUAAGUUAGCAAAAGUGUUAAUGUUCCAUUUUAAUGGAGGCUGAGAGGCAAAAGUUAUAGCAGUUUAACUAUUACUCUAGUGAAAUACAUUGGAUAUAAGGGGUAUUGAGUUUAGAGCUCCUGAUAAUCACAAUCGAAGAACUCUGCCUACCUUCACAUAGUGCUCCAAGAUUAAUGUGGUCUGAAGCAACUUAGAACUUGGAAAGAUUGCUUUGCUUUACUGUAGUUGUACUCAAAUGUGCAUACUGAAAUGAUGCAGUCCCAACAGGUUUCCAUACUGAAGGUUUCAUGUAUCACAAACCUUAACCUAACAGGUGGAAACAAUGUGGUUGGAAACUGUUGAGAUCUUUUUUAUCUAGUUAUAAACAAAGAACAAAUAAGAGUGCUUUUUUUUUUUUCCCCUGCUCACAUAUGGAAGGGUAUUGUCACUCUUUAAUACUUUUGAAGCAAUGGCCAUUCAAAUCUGUUGCUUUUUAACUAGACACUAGUUUCUGUACCUACUGUAAAAUGUUUAUUCAGUGUUUGACUCAGGGGUACAUACUUGGGGAAAAAAAAGUGCAACACUGAUUUAAACCUCAACAAGAACUGCAUAAAGUU